GGUCCAGUUCUACAAAAUCUCUACACACAUGAAUUCGUUUCGUGAAGUUGACAUUUCCCAUUUACAUACGUAUGCAUAUCACAAAAUCACGGUAUACAAUUCCUAAGACCAUUAUUUUGACUCUGUCUCGAUUUCGACAAACAGCGUUAAGAUAGCACACACGUUUUUUUGUUUUGAAUAUAAUAAAUUAGUGAGGCAUAAAAAAACUUGCGAAUUUGGGUAAAAUUGUGAAUUAUUUGAAAUAUAAGUAUAGAUUCCUAAAACUUGUACACGAUGGGAAUUCAGCGAAUCGAGUCAACUGGAAGUUUUUAUAGUAAUAGAUCCGGAAAUACUUUGGAGCUUUCGCACAGAGAUGAUGAUAUUCCUAUUUUGCUACCACUCAAGCUAAAAAAUCCCUCCGAGUCAGACUCUGUUGGACUAAAAGGGGCUACACUUUCAUGGCAUGAUCUCAGUGCUUAUGUCCCUACCCCUCGCCAAGGAAUCUUCCAGAGACGAAAUGUCCACCAACCGUUCAAAAGAGUGCUUAACAAUGUGACAGGCAUAGUCCAUCCUGGAACUAUGAUGGCCGUCCUAGGAGCAUCAGGUGCAGGCAAAACGACACUUCUUAAUGUUUUAGCAAAGCGUGUACAAGAAAAUGUUGUAAUUAAUGGAGACAUCCGAGUCAAUGGACUGCCCAUUGGAAAAUUCAUGAGAAAAAUUUCUGGUUAUGUAUAUCAAGAAGAUCUAUUUUUCUCAAGUUUAACGGUUUUGGAACACUUAAAUUUCAUGGCACGCAUGAAGUUGGAUCGUCGUUUGACAAAAUGGGAACGAACACGACAAGUGGAAGAACUCUUAACAGGACUUGGUUUAAAGAAAUGCGAACACACACGGAUCGAGAGAAUAUCUGGUGGAGAAAUGAAGCGACUUUCUUUCGCUUCUGAGGCAAUUUCAGGAUGUCCAGUGCUCUUUGGCGACGAGUGUACCACAGGCCUCGAUAGCUUUUCAGCUCAACGCAUUGUUUCCGUGAUGCAGAAUUUGGCAAAGGAAAAAGGAAAAACAAUCAUGUGCACUAUUCAUCAGCCAUCAUCCCAAGUUUUUGCAAUGUUUGACCAAGUGUGUCUACUUGUUGAGGGAAGGACGGCCUAUCUUGGGGAUACGAAGGGUGCCAUGAAUUUUUUCGCAAAACUUGGCCAUAUUUGUCCAGAUCAUUAUAAUCCGGCAGACUUUUACAUACGCUCACUCGCAGUUUUACCAGGAAUGGAGAAAGAAAGCAGACAUAAGAUUAGCUUGAUUUGCGACACAUUUGUUAACUCGGCAGAGUACAACGAUAUCCAAGAUGAGAUUGCUGAACAAUUGGCUAAAUACGAUUUCUUCACUACAUCAAUAUCUUCCUCUAAAUCCUCGGAUUUGACCUUCCUAGAAGAAACCCUCAUUGGGAGCCACAUAUGCAUUUAUUCCAGUCGAAAACCUCACUGGCACACUGAAUUGUUCUGGUUAACGUGGCGAUCGCUGUUAGAAUCGAAUAGAAAUCUAAACGUCCACGUAGUUCGAACGGUUCAAAAAAUUGUUAUGGCAUUGCUCAUCGGGUUUUGCUUUUUUGGUGUCAAUUUGGACCAGGAUGGAAUUCAAAAUAUUCAAGGAGCGAUUUUUAUUUUUAUCACUGAAAAUACUUUUCCAUCAAUGUAUGGCGUUCUCCAUGUAUUUCCCCAUGAACUGCCUUUAUUUCUACGAGAAAACAAGAAUGGAGUUUACCGAGUAGAUACAUACUAUUUGGCAAAAAUGAUUAGUUUGGUCCCGGGAUUUAUAGCAGAACCUCUUCUUUUUGUGACCGUGGCCUACUGGUUGGUGGGACUUCGGGCAACAAUGACGGCAUUUUUGCAAACGUGUCUCGUAAUUCUGUUAACUGCGAAUACGGCAGCUGCUUGUGGAUGCUUUUUCUCUGCUGUGUUUGACUCGGUCUCAGUUGCAAUUACUUGUCUGAUUCCAUUUGAUUACAUGCUUAUGAUUACUGGAGGAAUCUUUAUAAAUCUGGAUUCUCUUCCUGGCUACCUGUCUUGGAGCAAAUCCUUGAGUUGGUUCAUGUAUGCCAAUGAAGCAAUGUCAGUCAGUCAAUGGGCGAAUAUCACCAAUAUAUCGUGCAAAUCUGACGUGACCAUUCCAUGCAUUUCAACUGGUGCUGGAGUACUUAACGCCAACAACUUUGACGAGUCCAAUUUGCAUUUGGAUUUCAUCCUACUCAUAUGCUUAUAUUUUGUUUUUCAUAUUUUAGCUUUUUUAGGACUUCUCAUUAAAAGUUACAGAAAAUGAUUUUACAAACUAUCGAACAUUUUAAUUGUUACUAAAUGUAAUAUAAAAUAAAGUUUAAACCACGGA